AUGUACCGAUCAAGCAUCACAAGGAAGCUCCUGCCAGCCAGGACGGCCCUGGGGAAGCUCGCCACCGCGCUCCGGCUCGGGGGCUUCCGGCUCAGGCCGUCCAAGGCCUUCAAACGCACCGCCAGCGGGAUCAGCGUCGGGGUCUCCGCCAUCCUCGGCGGCCGCCGCCGGCCUCCGUCCCGGUUUCGGCUCAAGAGCCGCCCUCCCUUACGCCUGCCCUCCGACCAGAGUUUGCUUCUCCACCGCCGCAGUCUCCCGCCGCCCGAGCUCGCCGACGACCUCUCCGACAAACCCGUCAUCCCGGUGCACGUCGAGCCCUCGCUCGAGCUCGACACUGCCGCCGGCGCCGUCGCAGACGAGACGGGGGUGAGUGAGCCGCGGCAGAUGGGCAGCGCCGAGGAGAAGCUUCCGGGGACCAAUCAGCUGGAGGGGAUAGACCUGAGGGCCGAGCUCUUCAUCGCCGCAUUCAGGGAGAAGAUGAGGGAGGAGUCGCAGAGAUCCUCCGAUGAUCGCCUGGAGACGCUCUCCCCAGGGCUCUAG